UCUCGACUUUCGCUGACUCCCAACCGAACUCGUCGAGCUCCUGCCUCGUCCUUCCUCCGGUCCCGGGCCCUGACCAGCAGCCAUCCAUCCAUCGUCCAUAGAUCUGCGAUAAAGCGAAGCCUCGGCCAAAGAUUCUCCUCGCCUGCGCGUGGGGGGCCGACGGGGGGCCUGUGAUCGGAGCCACAGUAUUUCCCCCCUCUAUCAUUUCCUCUUCCCCGAGCCAUCAUUCCAGCACGCAGGCCCACCUUUCCUCGCCCACCUCCAGAUCGGCCGAGGCAGAGCCCAGCUCAAGGCCAAGCAGGUGAGAAAUCCAUCAGACUCCUCCUCCUCCUCCUCCUCCAUCGCCUCUAGAGCCUAGCCUGUGCAUCCACCCUCCCCAACGCCAGUCUGGGGUCGAGAGACAGACAACCUUUGCGCUCCUCGGCUCUGGCUCUAGGGAGAUUAGGGAGAUUAGGGACAUUGGAGUUUUCAACUACUCUCUCGCUGCGGUAGAUUUGGGACUGGCUAGCUCGACUCUGAUCAUCUGGUGUUCGAAUUGAGGGGCUGCAACUUUUGUGCCAUCUCACGUUCUAGUCCUCAGAUAGUGGGGGGGACCAGAUCACAAGAGGAGGAGGAGAUGAGAUAUUUGAUUCUCGAUCAGAGGGAGUUCCGAGACAACCGAACAACGGAAACGGCCUCUGUCCAAUGUGCUCUGGACAUUCUGCCUUGUGCAGCGCAGGAGGUCAGGAUGGAUGACGGGAGCUCGUUGGAGGACGAGCUUCAAUGUCCUCCGUUUCCUUCACUCACUGCGUUCGUUCUGUCCGAACCUCCCCUCCCCCUCCCCUCCCACACGCACGCAACUCGGUCGAGCGAGUGAAACCUUGGGGCCGCAGUUUCGAGAUUCGCUCCCACUAUCUCAUUCCCCGAUCAUUAGUCCCACCGUCUCUAUCUCUCUCUCCAAAUGUCUGGAGACGAAUCCUUCUGUCACUCGCAUGUGCUCUAUCUAUCUUGCACGACGGUUGCUUCUCGGGACCUUCCUAAAAUCUCACCCGCGUGAAAUGAGGAGCGAGCAGCUCGACCGGCAAAAGGACCAUCCAUCGUUCCAUGUGCUCUUCGGCUCAGCCAGCACCCAUGGAAGAGCCGGAGCAAGCAAAUUGCCAAACGAAAAGAUUAACGAAAGAUUAACAAAACAUUUCUCUCCAUGUGCCGAUUUCUCGUCAACCCCUCCCCCUCCUGCGGCCCCGCGACCAUCCUCCUCAUCCACUCUCUUCGGGGUUCGAACCCUUUGGGAGAAUCUGAAGCAUCCUCGUCCUCGUAUGCGACAUUUCGGAGUUUUGCCCCACCCACCAUAUCCUCCUCCGGUCUCAGGGUGGUCAAGCAGCCAUGGAAACCCUCCAAAGACAAAAUCUCAGUGGCUACAAAUCGCUUAUCUUCUUUUUAUCUGGUCGAUGUCGAGGUACGACUUGAUGGGGUCAUCGUCGUAGCAUCCUUUUUGCUUUAUUACUUGGCUCGCACUGCCGAUUUUGAGGGGGAGGGGGAGAGGGGCGGGGGCAUAAGACUCCCGGAGUCGCAUGGGCGUCUUUGUGGCUGACGAAUCGAGGGCUGGUGGCUCGGGCAAGAGACAACUGGAAUAAAACAAGAACAAUUCUCCUUUUCGCCAUGCGCUCUUUAUCAUCAUCACGCUUCUCGUGGAGCUAGUCCCUCGAGGGAGAAGGUAAGUUCUAGAUUUUGGGCGGAGCUUGGGCAGGGGAGGGAGGUGAGGUAGGAAACCAAGCGGGGAUCAAAUCCAAUCUCGGGUAUUCCGUUCGCCUCGUCGAGCUCUGGCGCCCAUGCCAUUGGUGCCUUUUGCGCAACAUGGCCGAUGCUAGCAUAGAAUUGUAGAUGCAGUUCGUUAUUCAAAUCGCUUGCGCCAUCUGAGCCGAGAUCUCAUAAAGGUGGCGAGGCUGCUGUCUGUCCCCAUAACGUCGACGGAUGCAGCACGAUCAUCAUCUAUCCACUUCCCAAGUGGCCACAUGUUCCCUCAAAGAAAACCCAUUAAUUUAUGUGCGAUUUCUGUGCCAGCAUUCGAAAUUUGCAUUAUCUGCUGGCCUGCCUUUACGUCGCCCUCGCCAUCGCUCGCCUCGCUCUCCACUCGACGGCUCUCAUUCUCUCGUCAUCGUGCCAACGACGGUCAGAACCUGGUCCUGCCAUGCUCCCCAAGGCCUAGCUCCCGCGGGUCCAUUAAGGUCCGCCCCCCCCUCCCCUAAAGUUGACUUGCCUCGAAUGUCUGGGCGAGAGAGAGCAGCACGUCUGCAUCUUCAUAUUUGUUUCAUGUUCUGGAGCGUCAAUGGCCGAAUAUUGUGUCACUCGGAGGCUAACCUCUCCCAGCGAACGGAACAAACGCUGACUUCUCGGUGUGACAAACUCCCAAAGCAUGAUUGGAAAGCAAGAAAUUCC